CUCUAUAGGUUCAAUGUGUGGGACGCUGAGAUUGGCUGCUCUCUGCAGUGUGAGCUGAGAACCAGGAAGUGCAGAGUGCAUGGUGAGAAUGUGCAGGUGAAGCUCUCCUGGCAAAGCAUUUCCUUGGAUACAGGGCUGGAAAGCUGACCAGGUGGGUUGGCACUACAAACACACCAAAUCUCACAUAGGAAUGUCACAGAGUUCAGCAUUCUGUCCUCAAACUGUGUAACAUGUAACACUAAUAGUAAGAAUGAACUGAAACAGUUUUAGGAUUUCAGCCUUGUCCUGAUUAUAAUUAUUAGAGCAUCACAGUGAGGGUAACUGGGAAUACAUCGUAUUUGUAUAUGUUGUGUCUGUCACCUAAAUUAAAUAUGGUGCAGAUUUCAGAGUAUUAUUCUUUAAAAUAUAAUGUUAUGUGUUGGUGAGGUGCAUAGCAGAAUUACAGCUUUGUUUAUUUUUAUUUUGCUUAUUAGCUGUAGUGGUGGGCACUAAUAGGCACAUUCUGUCACAUUAUCUGCCAUGCAUAUGGCUAUUAAUACUUUUCUGACUAACUGUGACAUUUUUAAUUCUAGAGUCCACAGCUGCACUUUGUCACUAUUAUUGAUUGGCACAUUGUUCAGUUAAUCAAUAUUAAUAUUAGAGUUAAUAAAGCAAAUAGGAAGAGCUGGAUAAUUAUUGCUCUACUUGUUGCUAGCUGGCUACAUGCCUGACAAUCAGCCAGCCUCUGGAUUAGGAUGAUCUGAGUUAUAAUUUGAUGAUGCACAGAGGGGACACAGCUCACUGGCAGAGAAUAAUAGGAGAUGUUGUCAGAUACCUCUGAGUUUAUUCACUAUGCUGUGAAAUUUAGUGAAUUUUAAAUUAAAAUAUGAAAACUUUACUGUACUUCUUUUUAAGAAUUUCUCAAAACCGAUAUAUUAACCUAAAUCUUGCCAUUCAAAUUUUAAUCCAGUACUAUUCAUAUUUUUCUGGAUGAUCCCGAGCCUUUUCCCCCAUUAACUAUUUUAGCUAAACGUAAAGUAGGUACUUUUGUUAGUAUUCUGAAUGUAGGCUUAAAUUAAGAAUAAUUUUUCUCAGUUUAUAAUUAGACAUCUAUGAAGGGGUAAAUCCUUAAUUUAUAAUGUUUACUGACAUUCGUGCAUGAAUGCGUGAGAAUUCUCAAAGCAAUAACAAAUUUAAGGACAAAAUUGCCAAACUAGAAGCAUAGUUGGCUUGAGGAAUGCUUCCAGUAUUGCUAUAUUAGGCUGUAAACUUUAAAUUCAUUUUGAAUUCCCUUUCCCAACAAUUAUCCCUUUAGUGAAUAACUAAAAUGGCAGUGGGAAUGAAAUAUUUCAGAAAAUGUUUAGGAUGGCAGCUGGUAAAACAGUGAAUACUUACUACAUGUUAUCCUGCUCUAUUGUGUUCUGUAGUGAAGACAGCCUUCAGUGCAUUAGAGGAACUCAUGUGGGAAUAUGAUUAUUACAGCCACACUGAAUUAGUCAGAGACAAGCAAAAUUAAAAUAUACCUAACACAUCCUCUCUUGAAGGGAUCUCUACUUUUUGAUAGUUUUCAGUUGACGAUAUCCAAACUACUUGAGCAGGAAAUCAAAUUCCAAAGCGCUUACAGAAGGGGUGCUCAAAAGGUAGAUCCCAAAAUGUUGAACUACCACUCCCUUGAUGCUUUGCAUGCCUUUAGAAUGCCAUUUGAAUGACAAAACCUCAUGGAAGCUGUAGUUUUUAAAACAUUUGGGAUCUAACUUUUGGGCACCCAUGGCUUACAGCAUUGUUGCAGAUUUUAUACGUUCGAGUUAGAAAAAUCUUCUCUGUUAAUGAAUUACAUAGUUUGGUGCUUUUAUAAUGAACCAUGCUGUCUUUGAUCAAAGAAUAACUUUUUUUUUUUUUUCUCUCAAGGUCAUCAUUGUCUUUAAGGGCAGUGCUUAGACCAGCAAAUAAAGUAUGCAAUCUGUUUGGACUUCCAGUAAAGAUUCAUGCUAGGAUUCUUGGCAGAAUUAGCCAUCUAGGAGCACUGCAAUAAAAGAUCAUAUGAUGGCAACUUCCCCGUUGUUAAACUUUUAUUUUAUUGUUUUUGCCAUUCUUGAAAGACUUGUUCUUUUGUAGAAUUACAUACAGUAUGUCCCUGGUUAGUGCCACUUUUUGUCUCAAAUUAAACAAUUGUGUGAACUCUUAUUGCACAAUUACAAAACACACAUUGAAUGUUUCAAAUUGUGCUCCCUAUAUAAGCAGUAAUUUUAUAAUCUGAACAAUAUGACUUUUUUUUUAUCCUGAAUUCAUUCAGUUAUGAGAAUAGUCCCCAUUUUAGUGUAAGUUAACACUGCUGGUGGUUUUUAUAAAUAGUUGGGUGCAAUGUUAAAUAUGACACACAAUAGGUCGGUGAUUCUCUGAAACCUACAACCACUUCAUAAUGGUCUUACAAGAUUCCAAAUUAUACUUUGUAUAAACUGAAUAAGGAAGUUUGUUUCUUAACAUCAAUAUUCAGCAAGUUAUUUGAAAUGUUUUCUAUUCCAUUGUUAUACUUACUAACUAUCCUUGCCUUUUGUGUCACUAUACCCCACUCUUUUUAGGAUGUAAGCUCAUUGAGCAGGGCCCUCAACCCCUCUGUUCCUGUGUGUCCAACUUGUCUGGUUACAACUACAUGUUUGUUCGUCCACCCACUGUAAAGCGCUGCUGAAUUUAUUGGCGCUAUAUAAAUAAUAACAUGAUAACUAUCCUUACUGCUUUAGCCAUUUCAAGCGUUUAAAAAAAACAAAAAUUGAUUCCCUAAUGUGUGUGUUUUUCUCCUAGGUCCAUAUUAAAAGGACAACCCCCGCUGCACAAGCAUGGUUUGCGCGUUAGGAGAAGAAUAUAGGAUAUGUUCUUGCAAUCACUCCUGCAUCUCCACAGAAUGUGUUCACCAUGCUAUUCUUAGGACUCAUAGCAUUUGCAUGGUCUCUGACUUUUUUUAUCCCAAUAUGGGAGGUGUGGAGAGUCAUAUUUAUCAACUAUCCCAGUGCCUGAUUGAGCGAGGACACAAAGUCAUAGUUGUCACUCAUGCCUAUGGGGAUAGGAAAGGCAUCCGUUAUCUUACCAAUGGUCUGAAAGUAUAUUAUUUACCUUUAAAAGUAAUGUAUAACCAGUCUACUGCAACAACUCUUUUGCAUAGCCUUCCUCUGCUCAGGUAUAUUUUUGUAAGGGAACGUGUCACUAUCGUCCAUUCGCAUAGCUCAUUCUCCGCAAUGGCUCACGAUGCUCUCUUCCAUGCUAAGACGAUGGGACUCCAUACUGUGUUCACGGACCACUCACUCUUUGGUUUUGCCGAUGUCAGCUCAGUGCUCACCAACAAACUUCUCACGGUUUCUUUGUGUGAUACAACUCACAUCAUCUGCGUAUCUUACACCAGCAAAGAAAAUACUGUGCUCCGAGCAGCACUGGAUCCUGAAAUUGUCUCUGUGAUUCCAAAUGCUGUUGACCCCACGGAUUUCACUCCAGACCCACUUAAGAUAAAGGACAACAAAAUUACCAUUGUGGUUGUUAGCAGACUUGUAUACAGAAAAGGUAAUCGUUUUCUUAGUGGGUUCAAUUAAAAUGAUCACCUUUUAAAUGUAGUACUUACAAACCAUCUUCUAAUUGUGUGUUGUUUCCUAUAUUUAGUUUACACAUGAUUAUAAAAGGACCACAAUAGGCACCAAGACCAUGUCUAAUAAAUUAAGGAGUCUGGGUGCAGUGCCACUGCUGUUUUACUCUUGCAAUGUAAAACUUUACCAUUUUGGAGAUACGGUAAUGUUCACAGUACGGGGCUAAACACAGAUGGGCAACCUCCAGCACUCCAGGGUGUUCUGGCUAUAUCUUUAUAAUGCUUAUACAGCCAAAUAAUACUGGCAAAGCAUCAGGGAAGAUGUAGUCCAGGGCAUCUGUAGUCCUCACACUUUGCAUGUGGACAUUGAAUGUUAAAUCAAUGCUUCUCAUAAAGAAGCAUUGGAUUCAAAGUUUCUCUGAGAAGCAUGUGAUCAAUUCCAGGUGAGUACAACAUUAUUUUAAUAGAUUUUUGUUUUUUAAUUAAAAAAGGGACCCUACAAGCUAAAACACCCUACCCUGCUUUUUAAACAACAAGGGGUUUAGUUUCCAUUGCAGAGUUUAACACACCUCUAGUGGCUGUCUUCCUGACCAUUACUAGAGGUGCUUCCUCUGUGAGAUUCUUCUAUUUUAAACACACGUAGGCAAAGGGAAUAACUAAAUAGGUAUAUUAAAACCUAUCGUAAGGAACACGUUUUGUAUUCCUAAUGCUGUAGUGUUCCUUUCAUAUUUCCUUUUAAUGUUUAUUUUUUCACAAAACAAACCUCAGAUAUAGUCUGUGCCAGAAAAAAAAAACACUGAAAAAGAGUUUUGUAAGAAUUGCACAUACUAAAUUCUACUGCAUAUAUAUAUUUUCUAAAUAAAUAAGUGCAAACAAAAGAGAAUUUAAAUACAUUUUAUACAUUCUCAAAGUCAUUGAUAUAUGCACAUUGGCCAUGAAUCUUUGAGGCACAAUGACCUAAUUUGAUGAGGUAAAACAUGGUCGAGUAGUAGAAACUGGGAAAAUCCUGCAGCCAGGUCUCUAUCCAUCAACGCUUUGUACUAUUUCCAGUUGAUUUAGAUGCUUCAAGCCAAUAUGGCGUUCCUAUGCUCUGCAUAAUGCAUGGUUGUGUUAUAGCUUGGGGGAAAACCUGUCUAACUCUUUAUCUUUGACUAUUAAUAUGCAUAUUGUACAUAUAGGAUGAGAAUCAGAUGUACAAACCAGUCAAAAACACUGCACAGAUACCCCGCACGAGUCCUAAUAUGUACAUGCAAAAAUGAAACCAAAACCACAAGGAUUUAAGGUUAGAUGGUUUUUAUGGAAAAACGUAUUGAAUGCAAUAAUAACAUCCUUUUUCCUGCAGGGAUUGAUCUACUAGGUGGUAUCAUUCCUAAAAUGUGUCACAAAUACCCAGAACUGCAUUUUAUUAUUGGUGGUGAGGGGCCUAAACGAAUCAUUUUAGAAGAAGUGCGAGAAAGAUACCAACUCCAUGACCGGUACGUUAAAUCAUGAAUAACCCCAUGCCUUAACUUUUUUGUGUGUGUGUGUGUGUGUGUUUGGAGGCUGUAUGUUCAAGGUUUCAGUAAGAAAUGCUCUACAUUUAGAGAUGAUAAAUGUUGCAGUCUCAGAUGUAACUCCACCUCCAGUAGUGUAUGAGCAAGGGGUUCGGGUCAAUUUGUCCUCAAUGUCUCCUGCUAUGGGCACGUUUGCAUGAGUGCUGUUUUGGGGGUGGGAAGCAUGACCAACACUGUUUUUAGUUGAAGUGACCUUUUAAUGUCCAACUCGUCUGGUUACAAAUACUUGUUUGUUAGUCCACUCAUUGUACAUCGCUGCAGAAUUUGUUGGAGCUUUAUAAAUAAUAAUGAAAACCCCAGCGGUUUAUUGGGCCCCUGCUGCAAUACAGCCAUUCAAGUACAAUCUACAUAUUUUUUUUUAAUAUUUUUUUUUCUAGGUGCUCCUCUUUCUAGAUAUAACAUUAAAGGACCACUGUAGUGCCAGGAAAACAAACUUGUUUUCGUGGCACUAUAUAGUCCUUAGAUCCCCACCCUCAGGGCCACCCUCCCGCUGGCCUGAAGGGGUUAAUACCCCUUCAGCCACUUACCUUGAUCCAGCGCAGAUGACCUCACCUCCCCCUCCGACGUCAACUCCCAAGUGGACCCGCGUGCGCAUUCAAACCGCUCAUAGGAAAGCAUUACUCAAUGCUUUCCUAUGAACAUUCUGCGUGCUCAAUGUGUUUUCUCGCAUUAAGCGUAAGCACCUCUAGCGGCUGUCAGGAAGAGGCUGAAUUAACCCUGCAAUGUAAACAUAGCAGUUUCUCUGAAGGGUUAAAACCUGGGGGACCUGGCACCCAGUCCACUUCAUUGAGCUGAAGUGGUCUGGGUGACUAUAGUGGUCCUUUAAUGGAGUAUUCCUUACUUAAAGGGAUACUGUAGGCACCCAGACCACUUCAGCUCAUUGAAGUGGUUUGGGUACAGUGUCUUUAUUUCAGCACUAACUCUGCCUCCAGUGGCUGUCUAUCAGACAGCCACAAGAGGUGCUUCCUAGAUGUUAACAGAAUUUUGGUCCGGUAACUGAUGCUGGAUGUCCUCACGCUCUGCACGAGGACAUCCAGGGUCGGCUAUUAUCCCCAUAGAAAAGCCUGGAUUCAAUGUUUUCCUAUGGGAGGCCUAAUGUGUUUGGAUCAGAUAAGUAAAUAAAGGGUGCAUAGCCUUCCUCUGCUCAGGUGUGUGUAUGUGUGUGUGUGUAUAUAUAUAUAUAUAUAUAUAUAUAUAUAAUUUUUUUUUUUUUUUUAACCCAUUCGCAUAGCUCAUUCUCCGCAAUGGCUCACGAUGCCAUUCUAACCCUUUAUUUACCACUGCAACGGGGGUGCGAUGGAGCUGGAGGCAAAGGGAGCUAUAGUGCCAGGAAUACAGCUUUGUAAUCCUGCCACUUUAUAGUAUUCAUUUAAUUUGUUUAACAUACUAAUGUGUAAUUCAGUUUGUUUGUUUUUUUUCUGUCCUUCAUCUUAAAAUGAUUAAAGCAUAUCCUACUAUGGCUACAAGGCUUUUCUUCCAGUUGGUGCCCUCUCACUGCACAGGUUAAAAGGAUUUUACAUGAUGAGCUGAAUGUUUUUGGGUAGGGUUUGUGCAUUUUACAUUAAAAGGACAAUGUUCUUAAUGUUAUAUAUAUUGCAAACUACACCAAUCCCAUUCUCGUAAACAAUAAGGGCUUGGUAUAAACAAUGUGGCUUUUCUGGUCUGUUUGGUUUUACGUUUUGCCUUUUUUUUUUGUAUAAAAUGUUUAGAUAUCAAAUUGGACUAUUGUACUAUACAUGACUCUAACAGUCUUAGGGAUCGACCGAUAUCAUAUUUUCGUCUCAUAUGCCCCCUAAUCCUUGAGGUAUUCGAUUGUUUUGUAUAACAAACAAUAGAAUACCUCAAGGAUUAGGGGGCAUAUCUCAGAUGAAAAUAACAUUGAAAACUUCUGAUUAUUAGCGUAGAAUAACAAACACCAAGUUUUUUCCAUAACCUUGUAUUUUUCAUUUUUAGAGUACAACUCUUGGGUGCAUUGGAGCAUCAGGAAGUACGGAAUGUACUAGUGAAAGGAGAUAUCUUUCUAAAUACAUCCUUGACUGAAGCUUUCUGUAUGGCAAUUGUAGAAGCUGUUAGCUGUGGAUUGCAGGUUAGUUUUCAGACAUACCGGUACUACAAUUUACGUCGGGAUAGGUAGUCAGAUCAUGGGUCAAAAUCAUCACUAAAAACGUAUGCAAGAUAAACAGACAAUGAUCACAUUGCAGUUCUCAAAUACAGACAUUAUUCUGCACUCUAUCUGGUCAGAAAGUAGUAUUAUCCAUUUAUCUGUAAAAAUAUAUAAAGUAAUUUGUUGACUAUAAGUAAAACCUAGAGAGACUACCAAAACGCUGCUAUCCUCUAUGGAAGGGUCUCUUUUCAAACUAAAAUAAACCUUUAAACAACACAAAAUAGGGUGGGGAAACAAAUCUGUGAUGUUGGGGGAGACUAGGCCACAAUGGUAGUUUUAUGUAAGAAAGAAAAAGGUAAGGUUAUUAAAACAUGCAUUUUUAUUGUUUUAUAUUAGAAAUACUGUACAAAAAAAAAUACAGUGCUGUAAUAAUUAUAGUCAAAAUAAAUAAAAUAAAAACAGGUACACAUGGCUUCUCUAGUCUCGGUGUCCCUAAUAAAUAUUGAGAGUAAGUGGUGUGAUUAAUUGUGUGGGGCUGAAUAGGAAAAAAAAAAACAGCCAAAUUACAUUUCACUGUGGUUGUUCCAGCUAAUGAUUGUAGGAGGAAAUAUAGAUAUAGGUAUAGAGCAGCUAGUUCUUUUGCAUAAACUUAAAAGAAGAAAAUAAAUUGAGGCAGUAUUUGCGGUAGAUUUUCAUGAAUAUAUGUAUUCAUUAGAUCUAAGGCAAAGAGGAAAAAUCUGUAUAAUGUACAGCAAGGGGUGCCCAUGAUGUAGUUCCCCUAGAUGUUGUAAAAACUUCAACUCCCAUGAUGCUUAGCAUGCCUUUAGAAUGACAAAGCAUCAUGGAAGCUGUAGUUAAAAAAAAAAAAAAAAAUCAAAAAAAAAAUUAAAAAAAAUCAGGGGAUCUAAUGUUUGGGCACCCCUGAUGUACAGUAUAUCACAGUAAUGUGCAGUGUGUAUGAAUGUAUCACAGAGCACAACAGUGAACUCCCUGUAAUGCAAAGUGUGUUUAAGUAUAUUGUAUAACUCAACAGCAAUAUUUUUGUUACACUAACAUAUGUUGUGUACAUAUAAAACUAAUUUUGCAGAUAGAAUGUAGAAUGCCGUUAUAUAAAGUUGCAUGUUGGUUGUAAGCACAUUUUAUGCCUAGCUAGUGGCUCAAUGCUUGACAUUUAUUAUUGACAGUUACCUAUUUUGGCUGUACCCCCACCCUAACUACACGUCCACUUUUCCAUCCUAAAAAAAUAAGCCCCAAUCUAGCCAUUUGUGGUUUCAGAGAUUUUGGCUUUUGCAAAAUACAUCCAUGAAUUAAUGAAACGUUGCUAUUGGUUUCCGAGAAUUGUUGGUAUGCCGUCUUUCAAAGUUGCAUCUGCAGAAUUUAAUUUACUGGUGUUGUUUGCUUUAACAGGUGGUGAGCACAAGAGUAGGUGGCAUUCCUGAGGUUCUGCCAGAGAAUUUCAUUAUUCUUUGUGAACCCUCUGUGAAGUCGCUUUGCAGUGGUUUAAAGAAAGCUAUAGAUAACAUGAAGUCCGGAACCUUACCGAGUGCCGAUGCCAUCCAUAAGGAAGUGAGGGAAUUUUAUACUUGGAGAGAUGUCGCUGAAAGGACUGAAAAAGUGAGUACUCUCCGCUCCCAGAAAGCUGAAUGUUUAUUGCUAAAAUACUAUAGGAACUAUGGUGACUUUAUCUAACUUUCUGUAUACACAGGAUGUGCAUCAAAUUUGUAUCCCCACCUAAAUGCCCUUUCUUUAAUCGUAGUUCAUUUAGGUUUACUGAUUAUAGCAUUUAUGCUUUACUCUUUAUGCUCUCUUUAGGCUAUGUUAAAGGACCACUAUAGGCACCCAGACCACUUCAGCUUAAUGAAGUGGUCUGGGUGCCAGGUCCAGCUAGGGUUAACCCUUUUUUUUUUUUAUAAACAUAGCAGUUUCAAAGAAACUGCUAUGUUUAUGUUAGGGUUAAUCCAGGCUCCAGCUAGAGGCGCUUGCGUGCUUCUCACUGUGAAAAUCACAGUAAGAAGAUGCCAGCGUCCAUAGGAAAGCAUUGUGAAUGCUUUCCUAUGAGACUGGCUGGCUGCGCGCGCAGCUCCUGCCACGCAUGCUCAUUCAGGAGAGGAGGAGGAGGAGGAGGAGGAGGAGAGCUCCCCGCCCGGCGCUGGAAAAAGAGGUAAGUUUAACCCCUUCCUCCCCCCUCAGCGCCACGGGAGUGGGACCCUGAGGGUGGGGGCACUCUCAGGGCACUAUAGUUUUCCUGGCACUAUAGUGGUCCUUUAAGUUAGAAGUGAGUCCUAUUGAGUCCUAUUUGGAGCAAUGUACAGUCUGGGAUAGUAACACUGGAAUGUUGAAUGAAGCAUUCUGCGUUUAAGACUGCAUCAUUCCAGGAAACAAAGUGUACAUACUAAGAUGGAGAUAUCAGAAGACUGAUUGCUAUUUUUUAUUUAUUUACAUAAUUAUUUAUGAAAUCCUACUCUUUCCUAUAAAUAUUCUGUUCCUAUCAACAUCCAAGGAUGUACAGGUAACUAGGUGCACUUGAUACGUGACACUUAUUUUUCUAAACUUUACAUACUCGGUUUGCAGUCACAAAUGGACCACAACAUUCAUUGGCACAACCCCUUACUUCACUAACGUGCAAAUGGGAUGCACAGUUACUUAGCUUAGCUGCCACGGCACAGCACAUGCACAUUAGGAUCUCGCCGUGAUACUGUUGGAGAAGACUGUAAAUACCAAAAGACUUCUGCACUGGAAUAAGGGAAGUGGAGGCAGAGGGACACUAUAGUGUUCCUUUAAAUACCUACAGAUUGAUGGAGGGCUUAAGUAAAAUAUGAGUUUGGCACAUUAUACAUAGUUACUUGUUUUAAGCACAUUAGUUAUAUAGCGAUCUUCAAAUAAUAUAUACAUAAAAAGCUGCCAAGUAUAUCUGAGAGGCCUGCAUGUCUGGCAUUCCGAAAGUCAAAUAAUGAUUUCAAUAAAGACACAGUUACAAUAAAAAUAAUGGCACCCUUAAAUAAUCCUGAUUCCUAGGUAUGCAUUACUAUAUUAUAUUGUCUCUUUAGCAUCUCAGAGUUUAGAUAUACUGAGAUUCAGCUGUCAGAGUUCAUGCAUUCUGAUGUGCAUUUAUAUAUUAAUGGUUUGAUGGUCUUUAUCCUCUGAUUUUGUCUCCCUCUAGGUGUAUGAUCGGGUAUCACGUCAGACCGUAUUACCAAUGAACAAGCGACUUGAACGACUUAUAACGCACUGUGGCAUGGUCACAGGCUGUAUUUUCGCUCUGUUUGCCAUAGUUACUUACAUAUUCCUGAUCUUUCUACGAUGGAUGACUCCUGAUUCCGUGAUUGACAUUGCUAUUAAUGCCACUGGACCUGAAGGGGCUUGGACCAAACAUUAUCCUCCUAAAAAAUCACUAAGAAACUGACCUUUUACUAUUAUUUUAGUAGAGUAUUGCACUGUAUCCUACUGCCAAUGCUAUGUCCGUAUGACUUGAGAGCCACCGAAAACAUAUACAUUAUACGGUUAUUUACGAAAGUGAGAAUUCAAACUAAAUUCAAAGGAGAUUCUAGCUUUAGGAAUCCAAACAUGUAUUUCUAAAACUAGAGUGUUAUGCUAACUAUUUAGAUUAAGUAAAAUAAGUAGUCUUGCCAUUCUGCCUCUGGCUGAGAUCAUCCUGUUCUAAGCCAAACCAAUGCAUCUCCAUUGGGAGGCUAGUGAACUGUUGAGCCAGCAUGGCCAGUCUGUUUGCCCCAGCACUACUAUAAUUAUCUGUAGUGGUUCUGGUGGCUACAGAGUCCAUUUAAGGCCAACAUAGCAUAACUAGAAGAGAAUGCUGAGAAUGAGUGUUUCCAAUGUGGCUAUUUUUACCUUGAAUUUGAAAUUCACUAUGAAUUCUAAGUUUAGUAAAUAAAACCAAUUACCAUGUCUUCAAUAUACAUCAAAUUGUAGUGAAUUUGAAACUGAAUUGUAAAAUUUACGAUUUACUAUAUUCUUAGUUAUUUCUGUAGCUAAAUUUACAGCUUGGCUAUGUCUAUCUAAAUUUUGCAAUUCUGUUUCACUUCUACUAAAAGUCAGUGUUGAGUAAAUAAACUCCAUCUUUAUUACAAGUGAUACAAUUGUCAGUGAGCAAAUCAAUAACUUGCCUUCCUCCUUGAACACAUAGGAUUGUGAAAUCCACAAUUACUAACGUAGUUACAGCUGUGGACGUAUUGAGUCACUAAACAACUUGAAUAUGUUAGAUGUUUCUACUUAGUUUGUACUUUGUAUUAAGGGCCGUAAGUUUUUUGCUGAAUAGCAAUGCAAAGUAUGGCUACAUUAGUAAGGGUACUUUCCCAGAUAUAUAAUACGGUUUGUAUGAAUUUAAUGACUCAAGGAAAGAAGGAAGGCUUGUUUCGGCAAAAUGACAAUAGCUAGGAUGGAAGCUUACCCUUUCUCUGUAACUUUAAAGAGAGCCUGUAGUCCAUGAAAUAUAUUUUUUUAGAGACUCUAGUUUCCUUUCUAUCUCUGUGAGCACUGUCCUCUACUUUUUUUGCUGCUAAAUAUUAAAGUUAAAUAAUGACCACUUGCCUAAUUUCCAGCACCAAGACUUCUUUGUUGCAGUCGCGUGCACCGACUUCGAUGACGUCCCUAUGACUGCUGCUGUCUUCUGCGGUCACCUCCAAUCAAAUGCUUCUCUUAAAGAAUUGGAGAUAUGCAUGCGUGGCCGAGCACUACUCUCCUCCACUAAAAUGCUGUGAGCAGCAUUUGAAUGCAAGACCGAGUUUCACUCGGUUCUGAGGGAGGAAGCGCCUCUAGUUGUUAAGAAGACAGUCACUAGAGGUGCAUUUAACCUGCAAUAUAAACAUUGUAAUUUCUACAAAGCUGCAGUGUUUUACAUUACAGGGUUAUAGUGACAGGACCACGGCACCCAGGCCACUUCAUUGAGAUGAAGUGGUCUUGGGUGACUGUAGUGGUCCUUUACUCCAUACAUCAGUUACAGGUGUAUCUUCUUCUUGCACUGAUAAAGUGCAGUAUUUAGCUUUGUCUUAAAAUAUAUACAUGACUUUACGAAACUGUGGAUUGUGGUUAACUGACCACAAGUAAAAUUUAGAUGAGAAUUUCUACUUUGCUAUGUUGCAGGUUUUUUUUGUGACUUUAUUUUGCCAUUGAUUUGGAAACUUUAUCUGCUUACGGUUUGUCUCCACAGUAAUCAUUUCUUUACUCAAAUGAUGCUGAUGCAACAAACCAAGUGUUUACAGCAUAUUUAGCACUCCUAAAAAUUGUACACUUGAAAUAUAUAUAUAUAUAUAUAUAAUUUUUUUUUUUUUCAUGAGCUGUUGAUCAAAGAUGUUUAUAUAGCACUUUUUGAGUAAUUAAAAGGGGAACUAUAGGCACCAAGACCACUUCAUCUCACUGAAGUGGUCCCUGUCUUAUUAGCAUUGCAGCUGCAAACAUUGCAGUUUCACAGAAACUGCAAUGUUUAAAUUGCAGGGUUAAGGCAGCCUCUAGAAGCACUCCGUGAAACUACACUGGACGUUCUCAGCAUCUUCUAAAACCCCAUAGGUAAGCGUUGAGUCAGUUAGUCAGUCGGCGCUAGUUCCCCCACAUCUGCUGACCUUGGAGGAGGACCCAGCACCAAGAGACUGCGGCGUUGGAUUCGGGUAAGUGAAAAAAGGUUAUGUAUACCUUUUACUUGUCAGGGGUUCAGAGGGACCCUUUAAGUUUAGGAAUACAUCUUUGUAAUACUAAUACCAUUUUCAUUUGAUAUAUUAUCCUUUAAAAGAAUGGGGGGAGAGGGGAAAAUAAUUAAAAUGGACCCUAGAGCACCAUAGCUCCUGCAGGGCCUUCUAUUGGUUAUGGUGCUAUGGUGCUAUAGUCUUUGGAUGUUACACUCCGUUUUCUAUUAAACUGCUUUUGAGUAGUUUUACAAGAAACUCUGCUCCGUCCUCAAAGGCACCCCUGGUUGACGUCUACAUGUUCCAUCCAACCUUAUUGUCUGCAGUCUAUUGUUUGCCAUCAAUUGUUGGAUCAGGUCUUAUUCUGAUAAUGUGUAAAGGAAUCUAUAGGACAUGGUUUUGCUUGCCAGGUAGAGUCCUGAUUUAUAUCAAAGCUUUUAAAGGUGGGUUGACAAAAAAUGGGGUGGUAGCCAUUGAUUCAAUGAGCUGUGACCACUACUAUGAACUGUGGUGGUUAUGGUACUUAGACUGUUUCUUAAGAACACUUUGUUGCAUAAAAAAAAAAUUUGAUAGUUACAUAGGCUGAAUAGAGACAUGUGUCCAUCAAGUUCAGCCUUUCUCAUAUCUGCUUUUGCUGUUGAGCUAAAAGAAGGCAAAAUAAUUCCUUCUUGACCCCAGAAUGGCAGCUAUAUCUUUCCUUAAGUUUCAAGAAGCUGUUCUCACACAUAUUAAACAUUAUAUCCCUGAAUAUUAUGUUUUUUUCCAAGUAUUCAUCCCGUUGCUAUACAGACUUGGAUGUGCUAAAAGCUGCCUGAAGUUUUGAUGGGAAGAUAUGUGUUCAUGCUAAUAUAUAGAUAUUCGCUGCUCUUUUCUGUCUGAUAACCUAAGCACAUAGCCUUAUAGUUAAAGGAGCACUAUAACGUUGGGAAUGUAUCUAUGUAUUCAUCAAGCUUUCUUUACUUACCUUAUUUAAACUGGCGCACCAGUCUCGCUGCAGCCACUGCUUCUACCCUGGAUGAGACUUUCAUUACAAAUUAUUUCAGCCAAUCCAAUGCUUCCCCAUAGAAAAGCAUUGGGGGACUAAUGUGCAUGUGCAGCAAUCGCCUCACCAGCAAGUAUCCUCUCAUACAUGUGCAUUGGCUCAAUGCGUCUCUAUGGGGUGCGUACAGCAUCUUCACACAGAGUGCAAAAGAGGAAGGGCCUCUGUCUGAGUAAAUGCCAUUAGAAAGUCCAUUCAGUACAUAUGUAAACAAUGACCAUUCUCAGGAAAGGCAGUGUUUACAGUUGUUAGCCUGCAGGGACAGACUCUAAGCACUCGAACUAAUACAUUAAUGGGACACUGCUGCUCCCAAAAAAAGAAAAAUCACUAUGUAGCAGAACUCUUGUCUGCAGUUUUUGCAAGCCCUCCCCUUCACAGACUUUCUGGUGCUGUCCAAUCUCAGACCUCCCAAUGCAUCUUAAUUAAAAGUCUUUGCAAGGCAGUUCUGGGCACUAGUCUGCCUCUCGAAUUUAACUACGUCGAGUUAAACAACCAGGAAGUAACAGGACAUGUCUGAUUAAGAGCCAUGGAUGUAACAAGGCUACUUCAUAGAAGUGCCAAUUACUAUUGAAAUCUAGAUUUUUUUUUUUUUUAAAUGAAUAAAGAGAACACACCCUUCUAUUAUAAAGCACUUUGGCAAGCUAAAGUGCUUUAACAUAGAAACAUAGAAUGUGACGGCAGAUAAGAACCAUUCGGCCCAUCUAGUCUGCCCAAUUUUCUAAAUACUUUCAUUAGUCCCGGGCCUUAUCUUAUAGUUAGGAUAGCCUUAUGCCUAUCCCACGCAUGCUUAAACUCCUUUAAGUGUUUGAACUGUUCCGUUAAGCUGUAAUACUUCUGAUGCUUAGAGUCCCCCUUUAAAUACAUCUCCGUAUAGCUUAAGAGAAACUUCAUGUUCUGAAAACCACAUUUUAUAAAGUCUUACAGAUAUUUGUUUAUUGUGAUUGCAAAUUGCGUUAUGAAGCCUGUUUUGCCGGAUUUAACUCUUUACAUAUUUUUUUUUUUUUUUGUAUCCUUAAAUGCAUUUGAUGGCUUGCAUUUUUCAUUGAGAUGUUGGGAAGAAAAUUCCUGGAACUGCAAUUAUUUUUAAAUAUUUUUUAAAGUAUUUAUUUCUCAAUUUAUAAGGGCUGUACGGUUUUGUAAGGUCUGUAAUGACCACAGCACUGUAUUGGAACAUUGUUUUAUGUCUAUUUCAGGAAGUUUGAAUGUAUUUUAUGAAAUUGUACGUAUUCUGUUUUAAACUGGAUAGUGCCAAUCAAACUGGUUUUCAAUGGAUUGUCUCAAGUCUUUCUUAAUGAGGAACAUUCUAAUGCAGUGUUAAGUUUUUUGUGUUUUUUUUUUCUUCUUCUUCUAAUCGAAAGAUCCUGCAAUCCACAGGCCACUGGAUGCACACUGGAUUUGUCCAUUUUGGGGGUCUUUGUGAAAUAUACCCUCAAAAUCGAAAUAUCUGCUUUAGGUUAUAAUGUUAAAAGAAAAAUAUCAAGUCGGUGCAGUUGGUGAAAAGGUAGGUGGGGGAAAGUGGCCUUUAGGCCAUGUGUAAGGAGAGCCAACAUUUCUGAUGGCAACCCAUAAUACUAAGUUCUAUUGCUCCAUGUGAUAUAAAAUGUAUUCUUUGAAAGAAAAUAUUUGUCUUAUAACAUUUUUUCUUUUUGAAUUCUGAAGCCAGAUAACAUGCUCAAGCUGAACAUUAAAUGUAUUUGAUCCUUUGAAAAUAAAAGGUUCAGGCAUG